ACACCUUUUAAACCACAAAACAACUUACAUGACAAACUGAAUUACAAAAUACAAAUGUCCUUUUUUAUAUGGAUUUUAUGCACUUUCACAAAAAAAGUCAAAAUAGUCUUUUUUGUUCUGCACAGGUGUCAUAACUUUCUUAGAGAAUCCCAUUUCUUCUUGUAUACUUUUAUGAUUUUAUUUCUUCCACAUUUAAAAAUAGCAAGAUUAUUAUCUGAUAUCCCCCUUGUAUUCUAUGAUUAUUCGCCUCCCCUUAGCCUCGGUUUAACUUUUUAGCAUGCCACUCGUUCUUUUUCUAGCAAAACUCUACUUUCUGUUCAAACGGAACGUACAGUGCAAUUAACUUUCAGUGAGCAGGGCCAUCCAAUGAAGUUCAAAAAUUACCUUCAGAUCAGUUUAAUGAAUGCAGUCUGCUCCGCAAGCCAUUUGACAUUUUCGCAGAGGAAAAGCAAAGGUUAGAAAAUUUCAAGAGUGUGCUGCGUAAUGGAUGAAGCAACUGCAAUAUUAUUUCACAGAGACGUUACUUAAAAUUAAAAUUUGUUAUCUGAAACUGAAAUUAAUCCUCCUUGCCAGAUAAGCAUCUUGAGAUGUCACUCCUCCCGUCCCGUCCCAUCUGAGAAACUAAGCAAUGCCACUCUGAAUAUGAAAAUUCAGACGGUAUAAGCAGUACGAGAACAGCAGAGUAAUGCAACUGCAAUAUUUGCAUUUUUCAAUCAAUAUUCUUUUCCUUCGUUGAUUUUCUGGGUAACUAAUGAAAGCAUAGACUUCUCUCACGUGAUGCAGUCAGAUACAGCAUAAUUUUCUUUUCAUUUGAUUGAUUGAUUGAAAUUGCCUUAUUUUACGUGGCGAGACUCGGGCCAUCAGGUCCGCUCUUCC